UUACAUACCCAUCCGUGCCUGUUAUCGGGGCUGGGUCGUCCUCGUGACUUCGAGCUCUGCCUCUUUUUUUUUUCUGUCUGCCCUCAACAGACGGAUUGGAUUGUAUCAGGAAAACUCCCUCGGUGUGGGCGAAUGUCGCCUCUAUGGUCUUUUUCGAUCCUAUCUUCUCUCUCUCUUUACUGAUUCGCCCUUCUCUUCUUCGUUCUUUGCUUUUUGUCAAAUACAGUACCAUCUUUCGUCGCUCUCCCGCAGUCUGAGAAAUGCCCACCGUCUUACUGCCCUCGUCGGCAGCCGCAUUUGCCCCGCGGUCGUCGCCAAACGUGGUGCUCAACACCCGCAUCGAGCCGUGGCUCACGGCCACUUUGAAACGGGUCAACCGAGUCAAACGCCCGCUGAACAAUGUCACACAGCAUACUAGAUGUCUGACCGAGACGCUGUCCUCGCCUAACGCCAUCUGGACGCUGUGUUCGAUGAUGUUCCCCAAGGCUCCCGACGCCGAACUUCGCAAGGAUGACAACCCUCUGAUGGAGGCCGUCUGCAACUAUCAGAUGAUCCACAUCGAAGCCUACGUCGUCCAUGUGGAUAUGGUGUCGCAGAAUGAAGUCGCCUUCAAGCUAACCCCGGAAACUAUCGAGGCGCUGGUCGAUUACCACAAGGAUGUCUACUCCGUCGAUGCCGCUGCGAAAACCUGGGACUGGUCCGACAAGGAUACCCAACUGAAGAAGCUACAGGAGGAGUUUGUCCAAGCCGCCAAUAAGUUUGUCUAUCGCACAAGCGUCCUUGCCCUUGAAGGGCUCGAGGAAGAUGGGGCGGGUGAACUUCUGGCCGGCCGCAGUGAGGAAGCCAAAGUGGCCAUCUCCAACUUGUUCGUCCCCCUGCAGCCACCGCCCCCGCGGGUUGUCGAUGUGCUCCGUUCGGUGCCUUACCUGCCCAGCUCAACGGGUCCCGGACCCUGGUGGCAGGAUUCGAUGCAUCAGCCCCUUCCGAUGGACCCCUGGAAGAUCCUGCCGUCCAGCCCAGCCACGACCACGACUGGGGAUGUGAAUCCAGGUCUCUGGGCUCACAUGAGCGGCAUGGAGGAUGCGCAGCUAACCUCCCCACCGGCGUCAACCUUCAGUCCACCGUAUACGACGGCGCCGCCGUACAGCGCGGCGCAGUACUACGGUGUGGCGGCGACCUCGGCGGCUCUUGCAGCUCUCCCACUGCCGAGCAUGCUCUGCAGCACGGCAGCCAACAUGUCAGGGUUUGGGUGGGGGGAUCGAUACCAGGAUUUCUCAUCGCUUUCGCUUCCCUACGGGACAAUAAUGUAAACGCGUCCAUGGAACCAGACACUUGAUGUUAACGGUCUCCCUGACUUGGCGUGUCUUUUGGAAACAGAUCCCAGGGUUCGAACCGACAUCACGAAUACUACAGCUCGCCUAUGCCGCCCGGCCCGAUCCCUCCUGCACCAGUCCAUGACCGACCGGGGCCAAACCUUCCCCACGACAGAUAUCCGACUAAUUGGCAUCAAUGACGGCGUUCUCCUUGAUUGACU